AUGUCUGAAUCCCCAGCACAUUUUUCUUUUCCAAAGGAAGAAGAAAAAGUUCUUGCCUUAUGGGAAGAGAUUGACGCCUUCCACAGAUCUUUAGAAUUAACUAAGGAUAAGCCAGAAUUCUCCUUCUUCGAUGGUCCUCCAUUCGCCACAGGUACUCCUCAUUAUGGUCAUAUUUUAGCCUCUACGAUUAAGGAUAUUGUUCCAAGAUAUGCUACCAUGACUGGUCAUCACGUCGAAAGAAGAUUCGGUUGGGAUACCCACGGUGUUCCAAUUGAACAUAUCAUUGACAAGAAAUUGAACAUUAAGAACAAAGAUGAUGUUUACAAGUUAGGUAUCGACAAGUACAAUGACGAAUGUAGAGCUAUUGUCAUGACUUAUGCUGCUGAAUGGAGAAAGACCCUUGGUCGUUUAGGCCGUUGGAUUGAUUUCGAUAAUGAUUAUAAAACCAUGUACCCAUCCUUUAUGGAAUCUGUAUGGUGGGCAUUUAAGGAAUUGUACAAGAAAGAUCAAGUUUACCGUGGUUUUAGAGUCAUGCCUUACUCUACCGGUUUAACUACACCAUUAAGUAACUUUGAAGCUCAACAGAACUAUAAGGAUGUUCUUGAUCCUGCUGUCACAAUUGGUUUCAACGUUAUCGGCCAAGAAAAGACGCAAUUGGUUGCUUGGACUACCACUCCAUGGACUUUACCAGCAAAUAUGGCACUAUGUGUCAAUGAAGACUUCGAAUACGUUAAAAUCCAUGAUGAAAAGAAGGAUUGUUACUAUAUCAUGCUAGAAUCAUUGAUCAAAAACUUAUACAGAAAACCAAAGGAUGAAAAAUUCAAAAUUGUUGAAAGAUUAAAGGGUUCUGACUUAGUUGGCUUGAAAUAUGAACCGCUCUUCCCAUACUUUGUUGAACAAUUCAAGGAUACUGCUUUUAGAGUUGUUUCCGACAGUUAUGUUACUGCUGAAUCUGGUACAGGUAUUGUUCACAAUGCUGCCACCUAUGGUGAAGAGGAUUACAAGGUAUGUUUGAACGCUGGUAUCAUUUCAGAAGAUACUAUCUUACCAGACGCUUUAGAUGAUCUAGGUGUCUUCACUGAAGUUGCUACUGACCUUGCGGGGCUCUACGUUAAAGACGCCGACAAGAAGAUCAUUAAACUAUUGACCGAAAAGGGUAACUUAUUAUUGAACUCUCAAAUUCGCCAUUCCUAUCCAUUUUGUUGGAGAUCUGAUACUCCAUUGUUAUACCGUACAGUUCCAGGUUGGUUUGUCCGUGUCAAAGAAAUUGUUCCAAAGAUCUUAGACUCUGUCCAGAAAUCCAACUGGGUUCCAAAUACCAUCAAAGAAAAGAGAUUUUCCAACUGGAUUGCCAAUGCUCGUGAUUGGAAUGUUUCUAGAAACAGAUACUGGGGUACUCCAAUCCCUCUAUGGGUUUCUGAUGAUUAUGAAGAAGUUGUUUGUGUUGGUUCUGUUGCUGAAUUAGAAGAGUUAACCGGCGUCACUGGUAUCAAGGAUCUCCAUCGUGACACUAUAGAUGGUUUAACCAUUCCAUCUAAGCAAGGUAAAGGUGAAUUAAAGAGAAUUGAAGAAGUUUUUGACUGUUGGUUCGAAUCUGGUUCUAUGCCUUAUGCUUCUCAACAUUAUCCAUUCGAAAAUACCGAAAAAUUCGACCAAAAGGUCCCUGCUAAUUUCAUUUCUGAAGGUUUAGAUCAAACUAGAGGUUGGUUCUAUACUUUGUCUGUCUUAGGUACACAUCUAUUUGGUGAAGUUCCAUACAAAAAUGUUAUCGUUUCGGGUAUCGUCUUAGCUUCUGACGGUAGAAAAAUGUCUAAGUCCUUAAAGAACUAUCCUGAUCCAAACAUUGUCCUUGAAAAGUAUGGUUCUGAUGCUUUGAGAUUAUAUUUAAUCAACUCUCCUGUCUUGAAAGCUGAAAGUUUAAAAUUCAAGGAAGAAGGUGUCAAGGAAGUUGUUUCCAAGGUCUUAUUGCCAUGGUGGAACUCUUACAAGUUCUUAGAAGGUCAAAUUGCUUUAUUACAAAAGACUUCUGAUAUUACUUUCGAAUAUGAUCCUUCAGUUAGAAGUGAAAAUGUCAUGGACAGAUGGAUCUUAGCUUCUCUGCAAUCUUUGGUUCAAUACAUUCACAAAGAAAUGGGCGAUUACAGAUUAUACACAGUUGUUCCACGAUUAUUAAAUUUCAUCGACGAAUUAACUAAUUGGUACAUUAGAUUCAACCGUCGUCGUCUAAAGGGUGAAAACGGUGUGGAAGAUUGUAUUAAGGCUUUGAACACAUUAUUCGAGGCCUUAUUUACUUUUGUUAGAGCUAUGGCUCCUUUCACUCCUUUCUUAUCUGAUGGUAUUUACUUAAGAUUGAAGGAAUUCAUUCCGGCUGAUGUUUUAGCUAAGUUUACUAAGGAUGACAGAUCCGUUCAUUUCCUAUCUUACCCAGUUGUCAGAGAGGAAUUGUUUGACGAAGAUAUAGAAAAGGCAGUCGCUAGAAUGCAAUCCGUGAUAGAUUUAGGUAGAAAUAUCCGUGAAAAGAAAACUAUAUCUUUGAAGACCCCUCUAAAAACACUAGUCAUUCUACACAGUGACAAAGAUUACUUAAAGGACAUCGAAGCUUUACAGAACUACAUUGUAGAAGAACUAAAUGUUCGUGACAUUGUUAUUACUACUGAUGAAGAGAAGUAUGGUGUUGAAUACAAGGCCGUUGCAGACUGGCCAGUUUUAGGUAAGAAAUUAAAGAAGGAUGCUAAGAAGGUCAAAGAUGCCUUACCGUCGUGCUCCUCUGAUGAAGUUCGUGCAUAUCUGGAGACUGGCAAGUUAGAAGUUGCUGGCAUUGAAUUAGUCAAGGGUGACUUAAACGUUAUUAGAGGUCUACCAGAAUCCCAAGCUCAAUCAGGUAAUGAAACUAGAACUGAUCAAGAAGUUUUAAUUAUCAUGGAUACUAAUAUCUACCCAGAAUUAAAGAGUGAAGGUCUAGCCAGAGAAUUGGUUAACAGAAUCCAAAAAUUAAGAAAGAAGUGUGGUUUAAAUGCUACUGACGAUGUUCUAGUUCAAUACGAACUAGUGAAAGACACCAUUGAAUUCGAAUCUAUUGUCAACGAGCAUAACGAAAUGUUAUCCAAGACCUGUAGAUCUGAGAUUUCCCAAUUUGAUGGCUCCAGGUCCGAUGGUAUUGCUGAUGAAGAGCAAACCAUUAACGAUACAGCUUUCAAAUUAAAGAUUUUCAGGUUGUAA